AUGCGAACACAACAUUCAAGUUCGGUGCCGGAUGAAAAUGAAACAUUGUUUACUGUUGGCACCAUAUUUCAUAAAUACGGCGAUGUUCAAUAUGACGAAGUUCAACGUGUUUCGAUUGUUCAACUACAACUAAUCAAUGAUAAGGAGGCACAAGAUCUCUGUAGUGGCGGAUAUUUUACGAGUGAAUACGAUCGUAUCGGCAAUGUAACCUCAGUAUAUGCUCAAUUUAUUAAAGUUGGAUUUCUACUUCAGAAAUACACAAAAAAUAAUUUUGAUUCGGUGAAAAAAUACUAUACACUAUUAUAUCAGUUAUCACCGCUUAUCUGUCAUGCAGGUUUAGGUUACGUUACUAGUGAAACACGGGAGUUCGAUUUAGCGUGGACACACCAAGAUCAAGCAUUGAAAAUUUAUAAAUCAUUGAAUCAAGAUUCACUUGAUAUUGAAUUUCUUAUUCAUGAUUGCCUCGGCCAAAGUUUUCGGAAAAGAAAAAUGUGGAAUUUGGCUUUAGUGUGCUAUAAGAACAUCGCUCGAAUAGGUUUCAAUCUUUUUCUUCUUGAUCGUUCCGCUACACUACACCGAUAUUUUGACAUUGCACAAGAGUGUGAACGAAAAGGUCAGCCACAAGCAAAAAUUUUAAUAAACAUAAGAAAGUUUCUACUUAGUAAUUUAAUAAUCAAAUAUUUGUCUUGACCUUCCGUACAUCCAGAGACAGAUAGAUCUAUCCAAAACACAGUUACGUCAUUUUGCUCAAGCUUUGAAUUUUUCCCGCUUUUAAACCACAAUUCGCUGUAUCCAAUCUUUAAGAACCAUUGUACGUAAGCCACGACUUAUUACAGCGGGGACUUUUCAAUCGAUAUUCUUCUUAUUUUUCUAAACUAGGAGACUUUGUUAGACCAAACAUUUUGAUGAAUUUUAGCAAAAGACUCACGUCAAAUAGUUGUAUCGUU